UUCAAAAUAGAAAUAAAUAAGAAUGGACUCUGACUUAAACGAGAGAUUUGAAGAGCAGCUUGCUUCACUCAAAAACAAGAAACACAGGAAGUACCAUAGACUCCUGAAGGAGAAAUCAAAUGAGAUGCUUGAGCUCAUAGAGUCUGACAUCUGGAAGCCUGUCUCCAAUAAGGGAGAAUAUGACGUAUUCACUUAUUUUGAUAACGAUACCGGCCUAAAGUGAGUUCUAGGCCAGGGCCCCAUAGAUUUCGACAUGGAAACCGCCCUUGAGCUUAUCGGGGAUUACUCAAGAAGAGGCCUCUUUGAUAAAACUUUCGUCGAAGGAGAAGUCGUGGAAGAGAUUGGGCUUGACGGCAGACUGGAAUACCAAAGAGUCAACCCUGGACCGCUGAUCUCCCAUAGAGAUAUGGUCUUUGCAACUCGUAAGCUCUUUUUAGAGGAUAACAGAAUUAUGUGGGUUGCCUCAUCAGUGGAAGAUGACCUCAAACCCCCUGUCAAGAAAGUAGUUAGAGGACAUAUGUUCAUUGGUGGGUGGUUGCUUGAACCUCAUGAAGAAGAUCCAGACAAAUGCUUUGCCUAUUUCUUAGCAAAGGGAGAUGCUAAAGGAGCUAUCCCAAAAUUUGCAGUGAAUUUUGUUGCGAAAGAGCAAGGACUCGUCCCGAUGAAGUUAAAUAAGUGUUUACACGAAAUACAUGAUGAAUAAAACUUAUUU